AUGUCCAACAACGUCGCCUUCACUGCCCCAAUCAACCCACCGGGCUCAACCACAAUUACCCCAGAGCAAGUCUGGAAUGGCCUUCUCCUCAAGAUCCGCUCCGCAGAGACCUUCGUCCCAGCCGCAAUCCAGUCCACCAAGGUCAUCAGCGAGUCUGUUGACCCCUCCACUGGGAACCCAGUCACUGUGCGCGAAGUGUUAUUCCGUGAAUCACAAAAAUCCGUCCAAGAGACCGUUACGGCGUUCAAGGCUACAAGGGUGGAAUUCGAGCAACCGGAUGGUAGCAAGGUUAGCAAUGUGCUCAGUGUGGGAGCUGGGGGUGAAUUGUAUAUGACAUACAUCUUCGAAUGGAGACACCCUGGCGCGUCGAAGGAGGAGUUGGCGGUUUUGUAUGAGAAGGAGAAGAAGAUGAGUCAAAUGGCGGUGGAGGGGACGAUCAAGGCUUUGAGGGAAUUGGUUGAAGAGAAGAAGCUUUCAAGCUGGGCCAGCUGUGUGAAUAAACCUUUAUAG